CGUUUCCCCCCACUCACUCGCCAGAAGCUUUUACUCUCUGGUGUGAAGACUCUGCCUGACAUAUCACCUGUUAUAUGUACUUAUGUACUUUUUAUAAAAUACUGGCCAAUGGCAGCCAACUAAGAGUCCUCCACAUGAUAAAGGUUUGGAAGUGCCCAAUCGGCACCGAGGAUUAGUCUCAGAUUUUUAACUGUACACAAUACUCCAUACAUUGCAUCACCUAGAGAUAUUUCUUUUUUAGAUGGGAGUUUUUGGAACAUCACGUGAUAUAUUGCCUGUCUCCAAACUGGGCUUUUCAUCACCGACCACAGUUUAAAAGAAAUGAAACCCGAAUGUCCGAAUGCCGAAUCCUCUGUAUGGCAGGUACCAAAUCAUGUUUACUAACUUAGGCUAUCACAAUCAGGGGCUAAGCAAAAUACACAGCGCUAGCUCACUUUUAUCGACACCAAGUGUUGUAUUUUCGAAGUUAAAUGUUCAUGGCAACCGAAGAUGGAGUAGCUGCCACACCACACUGCGUUCUCCAGCCAUUACUCAAACCAUAUUCUCCGGGAUACAGCCGACAGGCGUACCACACUUGGGCAAUUACUUGGGUGCUCUGAGAGAAUGGGUUCGGUUACAGAACAAUGCAACUGAAGGAACAAGGUUGUUCUUCUCUGUUGUUGAUUUGCAUGCCUUAACGGUGCCCCAAGAAAAGACCCAAUUCAGGAAAUGGAGAAAAGAAACACUUGCUACACUAAUAGCUGUGGGAUUGGAUCCAAGUCGCUCAAUCAUAUUUUACCAGUCGUCCGUACAAGCACAUGCUGAGUUAUUCUGGAUGUUGUGCACAGGAGCUUCUAUGGGAUAUCUAUCCCGAAUGACUCAAUGGAAGAGCAAACUACAGUUGCCUGAUGAUACCACUUUGGAGAAUUCAGCAGCCAGAUCUAAGUUGCGACUGGGACUUUUUUCAUAUCCCGUUCUACAGGCGGCGGAUAUACUAGUGCACAGAGCCACUCACGUUCCUGUCGGAGAGGAUCAGAGGCAACACCUUGAGUUUUCCAGAAAUAUUGCGAAUAGCUUCAAUCAUGUCUAUGAUUCCAUCUUUCCAUGCCCGGAAGCCCUUAUAUCACCUGCAAGGCGAGUAAUGUCUCUCAGGGAGCCAACCUUGAAGAUGUCAAAGUCCCAUGUCGAUGAACGGUCAAGAAUCCUUCUUACUGAUAGCUCUGAUCAAAUUCAUAAAAAGAUUAAAGCCGCUCUCACCGACUCGGAUACAAGGAUAACUUAUGAUCCAAUCCGCCGACCGGGCGUAUCCAAUCUUUUGGAGCUUCUUAGUCACUUUGAAGGAAAGACUUGUGAAGACUUGGCCUUGGAGUAUCAGUCAAUGAGUAUUCGGGCCCUGAAGCAAAGUCUCGCGGGUCAGAUCUCGAAUCAUCUCCAGCCGAUAAGGGAUAGGUAUUUCUCUCUCAUGGAUGACAAGACUGAAUACCUCGAUGCUAUUUCGGACAAAGGCGCUCGAGCUGCUCGAGCCAAUGCUGACAUAACCAUGGGAAUAGUCAGAGAAGCCAUGGAGCUUAAAGAGAUAUAA